GUGAGGGCGCCCACCGUGCAGCGAGGGACCUGCUCGCUGUCGACGGCGACGAGGACGCGAGCUGACUAAGACACGACGCUUCUGGGGGCCGGAAGAAUUAAAGCGUUGAUGUGCCACAUGCCAGACCUGCGAACGAUCUUGUCCUCUUCCACCACGGUCGAUUCGCGCUUUCUUCGUUCCCUCGGUUUGCACCCCGUAACUUCUCAUCCUGGACCUCAUGAUGAACAACGGCGAUCCGUUCGACCCGCGCCUGAGGAAGCAGGAGGAAAUGCUUGUCGAUGAACGGGCCAAGGAGGCGAAGCCCGCUGUGAAGACGUUGAACCGAGUUCCCCGUACGUGCAAUGCUUGCAGGAAGCAGAAAAUGCGCUGCGAAGGCGCCGAUAAUCCCCCUUGUCGUCGCUGCCGCAACACCGGCCUCGAAUGCCUGUUCGAGAAGCCGUCCAAGGAGGCCAGCCUGACGGGCGAGGCAGGACUUGAACGCAUUCGCAGCCUCGAAGCUCAUGUCGCGGACCUCAGCCGCACCCAGAUGGCCAUGCGCGACACUAUGUACGAGCUCGUCGCGCUUCUGCGCGGCGGGGGGCAGAUUGCGCGUUCCCCUUACCCGCAAGCGCCGUACCCCCAGCCGUCCCCUACGCUCUCGACGCCGACGGCAGGUCAUCCGCAGCCGCCUGGUUACAUGCCGCCUGUCCCUCCGACGAUGGGGCCGCCCCCUGCCGGCAUCCGUCCAGGGCAGUACCCUAUGGUGCCCCAGGCGCCGGCGGAGUACUCGCCUCAGACGCCCGUCGGCUACGCCUUCAGCGGUCCCCAGCCGCCGCCCCAAGGUCCGGCGCACGGCCCGCCGCCUGCGGGUGUUCAAGACAAUCGGCCUGUCCAGGCGGGCACAAAGAGGCCCGUCAGCGCCGACUCGAGCGACCAGGAAGACGACGCGGGUGACGAGCUGCCCGCGUCCGGGCUCGUGGCCCCGUGGGAGGUCCUGCGCGGGCUAGCGGAUGUUGCCAUUGAGCGCGCUGCCAUCGAGAAUGGCGAUGCCUCUGAUCCGCAGAAUGGAGGCAAGCCGGGAGAGGGGAGUCGCCCCGCAAAGAAGCGCAAGCUGAGGCAUAAGCAAGGUCCCAUGUUCCCCGAUGUGGUUACGAAGAAGAUCAUUACCGAGGAAGAGGCGCGCGAGCUGUUCCAGAUUUUCUAUCACGGCUGCUCCACUUUCCUGCCGGUGUUCGACCCUCACGUUGACACCUUCGAUGAACUGCACCGUCGCUCCCCCUUUGCGGUGGAUGCGAUCUGUAUGGUCGCUGCAGGAGUUAGGGACGGCGGAGGCAAGCCCAGCGAGGUUUACCUCAGGUGCUUGGAGGAGGUUCAGUCGAUCUCGUGUGCGACCCUCUUUUCGCCGGUCACUCGGUUCGAGGCCGUCCAGUCCAUGAUCUUGGUCUCUGGUUGGGCGGAGAACGGAUGGCUUAGCGGGGGUCACGCUGUCAGGAUGGCCAUGGAAUGCUCCAUGCACAAGGCCUGGCCGAAGCUUCUGAAGCGCAUCACCGCCAACAAGGUUGAUCCCGUUCAGGACAAGGACCUCGUCACGGCUACGCGUACCUGGUUUACGCUCUACCUGUUCGAGCAUCAGUUGUCGUACGGCACAGGCCGUCCUGCUGUCCUGAAGGAGGACGACAGCAUCCGCCACGGACGCGCAUUGCUCCAGCACCCGUCCGCCAUCGAGGAUGACAUGCGCCUCGUCUCGACCCUCGAGCUCAUGGUCAUCCGCGAGCGCGUGCACAACGCGCUCUCCCCUAGCGAGUCGCCCAUCCGCGAGGACGACUUCGAGACCCUCCGGAAGGCCGACCUCGACUUCCGCGCCUGGUACGCCACCUGGGACCAGGCCUUCUCCCAGAAGUAUGAAGAUGCAGCAUUCUACAGGCAAAGCCUGCAGAUCCAGCAGCUCCACGCGGAGCUGUUCCACAACGCCACGGCGCUGCGUGGCAUCGAUGGGCCGGAGGACGUGCGGAAUAUGCACCCGCUGCAGAGGGAGCUGGCUGUGCGGUCGAUCAACAUCGCGAUUCAGAUUUUGGAUAUCACGAUCAAUUCGCCGUCGUAUAGGGAGGGGAUGAGGUAUGCGGUGCACUACACGCACGUCACAGCGACCUUUGCUGGGUCGUUCCUCCUCCGCUUGGCGCGUCUCUUCCCUAGCGAGUGCGACCCGGAGUCUAUCCUCCACCAGGUCGAGCGUCUUGCUGAGCUCAUGGCUCAGAUUCCCGCCAAGCGCUAUGCGCUCACCCUCCAGCUCAUGCUCAAGAGGUCGCGCGACAAGCGCAAGUCGCUCUCGCCCUCCUCCAUGCGCGAGGCCCGUCCUCUCAUCGACCCAGCCCUCAUGCCGCCCAGCAGCCAGCCAUCCGAGGGCUCCUCGCCAACUUUCCAGAACCGCCCGCAGCAGACCGAUGCGCAGAUGCAAGCCGCGAUGCAGCAGGGAUACUAUCGCUACCCGAUGGACGCGGACCACAUUUUGGACAGGUACCAGAGGACUGCAAACGAGCAGUUGCCGGUGUGGAUCUCGGACCAGACCCUUGGGGGGCAGAGGUUCUCGCAGGAGGGCAUGAACGCGUAUCUGCUGCCGAACGAGUAUAUGCCGCCGGCGCCGCAGAUCUGGUGAAGGGGAAAAAGCUGGUCGUAAGAAGAUUGACAUCGCAUAUAGGCCGUCGCGUGCUUGAUGCGGUCGAACUUUGGUUCUCAUAACGCCCUGUUCCUUUUUCUUGUGAAACUGUGUAUUGGCUCCAGAACCUUGUCCGUAUUGCCAGCCUCCUUGCCUUGCCUUCGCCUUCGCUUUGUAUAUAAACAUAUAAUCUAUUUUCUGGCUUGCGUUGUUCGCACUUUGUUGCAGCC